UAUGCCCACCAAAGUUGUGCGUCGCCUGUACCGUUUUUCGAGCACGAAUGGCUGCUCGAUUUACGACGCAACGCGUUUUAAUCUAUCAACACGCCAUCUUGCGCGAUGGUGUGCGUGCAAAACGUUCGAAAGCUCACACACACCAACAACCUGUUGCUUUCUUCCGCUAGGGCUAUAGCGUUUUAUGUUCUUUUCUUUUCUUCAGUCUGAGCAAAAAAAAAAUGGUCUGACGCCGCGCUUUCGAGGUAGUAGUGCGUCCUGUGCUUCAUUUCGCGUGAACGCGUUUUCCCGUUUUCCUUGGUUUUUUAGUUGCGUUCAGUUUUCUCCAGCGCCUACCGUUUCGUUUAAACUUUAUUUUGCAUUAAUAUGUUGUUAGUUUUAUGCUGUGUAAAGCGUACGGAUGGACGCGAACGAUUUGCUCAACGAAAUGAGCAACUGAAAGACAGCAUAUAGCAUAAAGCAUCGAAUACCGUCCAUUCCGUCCAGCGACUAGUAGCAAAGCAGAGAAGUGUGGUGGUGUUAGUAAACAUAACAUCGAUGCCAACGCACUCGUACAUCAGCCACGGUAUGGCGACCUUAAACUAUAGAACGCCAUCGGCCGCAAAGGCUCCGACGAACGGUGGUCAGGCGCACCAUCAUCAUAUCCACAACCACCAUUCCGCCGGUAUGGCUAAAAACAUGUAUGGAAUGUAUGGACCCACCUCGAACAUUGGGCCCAGUGCAGGUGGUUUUCUUCAGCAACACCACCAGCACUUCCAGCAGCAGCAGCAGCAGCAGCAACACCAACAUCCGUAUCAACCAUCACACUGUAUUCAGCAGUCCGCCAUGUACGCGUCUCCAUCACUCGAGCAACCGGUUAUCACCCCGGCAACGGCACCGGCGAUGGUGGAGGAUGAUGAUGAUUUUUUGAGCGAAAUUACCGUGCAGUUUGAUGACGGUGUGCAAACGUUGUACGUGGGUCCGGUGGAAAUCAUCGACACCAAAGGAGGCGUCGAUCAGCAGCCGGCUACUAAACCGGAACCGUCAGCCGCUAUUUCCAUUGUUCGAUCGCGGGAACGCUUGCAAGAAGAACGAGCAAUCGUUACGCUCGAACCUGUAGGUGGCAAGAUUAAAAGUCAACCGUUACCGAUGUACCUGCAGCAACAGCACGAGCAGCAUCAGAAGCAACAACAUCUACGACAGCAAGCGCAACAGCAAUCACAACAAAAAAGACAGAAUGAAAUUCAUCCUAAAUCUAGACUGAAGCAAACAAAGCAAAAGCAGCUGCAGAAGCAACUAGAACUACAACGCCAACAACAGCAGAAACAGCAAGAAUUACAACAACAGCAACAAGAGCAGCUGCAGCGAGAGCAGCGGCAGCAGGAGCAGCGGCAACAAGAGCAGCGGCAACAAGAGCAACGACAGCAAGAACAGCGCCAGCAACAGCAGCGACAGCGGCAGCGGCAGCAACACCACCAGCAGCAGCAGCAGCAACAGCAACAAGAGCAACAACAGCAGCAGCAACAGCACGAUCCGCAAAGGCUUCAGCAGAUGCGGCUGAAACAGCAGGCACUGUUGCAGCAGAUGAAUCUCAUGAAGGACUUAUCACCCGAGCAGUUGGUGAUGUUACAGCAGCAAUCAACUCUAAUGUCGUUGACUGAUCAAUUUACGAUUAACGCGCAACUACUGCAUAACCAGCAGCAAGCUUCGCGUAGCAUUGACUGGCAACAGGCUCAACAGCAGUUGCUGUACCAGCAGCAACAAUUUAUGCUGCGUUGCCAUCAGCAGAUGCAGUGUAAUCAACAGCUGAAGGUACAAAAGCAACCGGAGAAACCACCGCCACCGGCAACAAGGCCCAAGAUGUGCGUGAAGCAGGCACCGAUGCUUAACUUUGCGCUGCAUAACAUUCCAUCCAGCAGCAGCAGCAGCACCAGCAGCAGCAAUACGAACAACCAGUCAAAAAAUUUAACCGAUGGUAUGAAACGGCCCCUCUCAUUGGUCGACGGACGAACGGCCGAAAAACACGCGGAUCGCGUUACACAACCGGCAGCGAAACGUCCCGCACACGUUACCGAAACUGUUGUACGGUUGGGUGAAUUUGCUCCGGCGACGGUUUUGCGAUCUCCACCAACACCGACGCAAACGGUCGCCAUUAGGGUAGCGGCGGAAGCUCAACCACAACAGCAGCACCAACCUCCGUCCGUCCUGCUGACGCAGCUCAAACAAGAACCGAUCGUCGAGGAACGUGAGGAGAAUGUGGAACCGGAUGUGGCGGUAUCACCGUCCGUACCAUCAACGCCCCUCGUCGAAAUCAAACCCUCAAUAGUUGCCGUGGUAGUAAAACCCGUCGAAGCAAUGGCGGCAUCCCCGGAGCGGAUGGUUUCGUUAGCGCCGGUACUGUCGUCCACCAAACGGUUGGACGAUACUUCGUCGACGGUGCAGUCGGAGGAAGCAGUCGCUGUUUCAUUUGCUGCCCAAAUUUUGAAUAGCACGAAUGGAAAUGUCGCCGAAACUGCUGACAAAAUGCAACACAGCAAGGAUGAUGAAAUUCAGAGCCCCAUGACGAAUGGUACGCAACAGUUGCUGCGGGAUGAGACAAUGCAAGAAAUGGCGUCUCCAUCACUGGCUGUUAAUGUAGCUGUAACUGCCGCUCCCGAGCAAACACCAGUGAUUGUAAAACGUGGACGAGGUCGUCCACCGAAAUCAUCAUACCACACACCCGUUCCAUCGGUUAUAGUACCGACAGAAUUAGCUUCAGCACAAGAACCAGAAACCGGAAUCAACAGUAGCUCCUCAAUGAUUGUAACACACCGGGCAAACGAUUUCGAUGACAGUAUUAAGAUCGGCAAUGAGCCGCAAGCUGACGAGGGGAAAAAAUCAUCGAAGAAAAAAGGAUACAUAUCAGUGGCGGCCCUUUUUGCCCCGGCAAAGGGUGGCCGAAAGGUGCAGAAAAAUCGAACGCUUGCUGUGGGACAGGAUAGUAGUGAAGUGAUAGUACCCGUUGCACCCGAUAGAACGACUGCAACGGUCGUAGAAGUUAUAGCAAGUACAGCUGAAGAAGUAGCUGUAGCAAACGAUGUAGCUGAAAAUAAGACUGAGCAAAUGGUAUCCACACCAGUCGCCAGUGUACCGAGCGGUGUAAACGAUACGGCAGUAAACGGGCUGAGUAACUUACAAGAAGAGAUCCCGGUUCAAGCUCGCCCGCCCGUCGGAAAGACACGAGAGGGAAGCGUUGUCAGUGGUGAUGGUGGUGAAUCGUCCGCUUCGUCAUCGCUGGAAGAAGGUGUAGCGAAUGUGCCGCAGCAAACGAUCGUCCUAGCAAACAUGGUCGCAGAUACGGAGAAAGAAUCUUCCCCGGCUAGUGAUAGUGGCAUCGAAUCGGUAAUUGAAGCAGGCACAAAAAAUGCAACUAAAAAGCUAAAAGAACGUUCCAAAUCUUGCCUGGCCGUUCCAAACGUGGCUACUGCGGAAGAUAAGCAUCCGCAGGAAGAGCAACAGGUGGUGAAGGAAGAAAGGGAACAAAAAGUUCGCACCGGUAGCCGUAGGGUCACCAGCGCUGGAGAUGACACCGUCGGCAACGAUGAGAACGAUGACGAUCAGGAGCAUGAUGUAAAGCUGGGCCGUAAAGGUAAGCGAACGGUGCGUGCAACACGAAAACCGUCCGCCAAAGCGAAGGAAGCGGCAGAAGCGGCCGAAGCUGCACAACAUGCAGCGCUUUCGAGCGGAGAAGAAUUUCAGUGUCCCAAAUGUGACAUGUGCUUCAAGACUGAGAUGUGGUACAAAAAGCACAUGGUAAACUAUCACGGUAUCGAUCUGAACCAGAGCUUGCAAUUGCAUUCACCCAUCGAUCGUAGUGUUGACAAUGAAACCCUACCUUCUCCUGCCAUUCAUGAGGUGCAACCAACGCACGUGUCGACCAGAAAUGGUGACAUGGAAGACAAUGAAAUUGGUACGGAACAGGAACUAUCAACAGCCGCCGGAAUAAUGGUUGAAGCAAUAGUUACUGCGGAAAUAGUACACAAUGACGCAGAAGCGACCGUUAGUUCUGGACCAAUUGAGGAGAUGAUCUCUUCUAAAGCUGAAAAGGCGACAAUCGCCGAAACUAAAGCUUCCGUUGGACGAAAAAGGAAAUCCACUCCAUUCAUUGCCGAUGAGCAUGGUCUAAUGAACAAAAUUGCUAACGAAACUGGAUCUUCUUUCACGACCAGCAUCAGUCCAAUAACAGCCAAUAACGAGUUGGAUCUGCCCUCAGUCACAAGCGUAAAGAUUGAAUAUCGUGCGUCUUCCGGAUCGAACAACCGCAUUGUGGCGGAAACGGACGAAACCGUUACAACCGAUGCGCCACUACCGGGCAGCAAACCACACAAUGAUGCAAAUCGCGAAACGUCAAUAACGCCGGUAAUGGAAUCAACGAAGAUGGAAAAGCCGGACCCGGAAGAUUUGGACAAGCUGACACCGUUCGAGGCAGCCAAGGUGACGAUGCUCGAAUCGGAAAUGACCGGCGAAACGCAUUACACCUGUACGAUCUGCGGUGGCCAGUUUACGGGUAAGGCGACGAUCAAGGAACAUCUCGACACGGUACAUGCAGCCAUUAAGCGACGGUCGUGUGAAUACUGUGGCCGCACCUUUGUCCAAACCGGCGAUCUAACGCGCCACGUUCGCAUACACACUGGCCAUCGACCGUUCAAGUGUCCGGUGGUGGAAUGUAGUUUCGCCUUUAUCGGUUCCGGUGAUCUACACAAGCACGUGCGGCGUCACAAUCAACAGCCACUGCCGAAGCCACACGUGUGCGAUCAGUGCGGCAAGGACUUUGAGCGUCCGUACGAUUUGAAGCGCCACAAGACAAUGCACGCGAAAAGUGAACCCGACUUUAAGGGAAUUACCUGCGGCGUAUGCGGCAAAGUGUUUGCCCGCCAGGACCAGUUCCGGGCGCAUACGUACCGACACAUCGGCUACCGGCCGUACCAGUGUGAGAUCUGUGGCAAAGCAUUUACCGAUCCGAGCAACUACUCCAAGCACGCGCGGCUGCACGAAAUGGAUGGGGUCGAGGUGGUGUGUAACUUCUGUGGCCGUCCGUUUAAAAACAAGAGCGCCAUUUCGAAACACAUCUUCCACUGUCAGCAGAAGACGGCGGCCGGUGGCCGUAAAGCGCGAACCAAGCGCAACGGUAAGAAGGAUCGUGGAAAUGCAACAACGGAAGGCAAGAGAAACCGUCGCGUUGGUUUGGCGGUCGGUUUCGGGAAGGAUAGUGGUGAGAUUAUGAAGCAAGAAAAUGCUACUUACGACGAGCAGAGAGCCGCCACUAUUGUUACGAAACGCGAACAGCUCGAUUCGGAGCUGGAGAGCGGAGGAACGGGUUCGGGCGGACGCACAAAACAGCAGCAGCAGCAGCGGCAGCAAGAGUCUCGAAAACGUAAGAAACGUCGACAGCGAUUGCCAUCCUCAACCGAGGAGGAUGACGACGACGAUAAUGGCGACGAUGACAGCGGGGAUGAUUAUGUCGGUCCGAGUUCCUGCGGUCAGUACGGAGCUGAUGCCGAUGCUGCGGGAUCAUCGACAGUGAAGCGGGAUCGUUGCAGCAGGAAAAGUCAAAACGCUGCUGUGGAGCAACUCUCAUCAACCUCACUGAAUGACCUCGAUAAGUAAGUGUGUGCUUUGCUGAUAAUAGGCGCCGUAGUUGUUUGAUGAGGAGCUUAAGAGAGAGAGAGAAAAAAAGUUUUAUGCAUUAACAGGUCUUUGUACUUCCAAUAGGCGAUAGGCUGUUUUGUCCAUGCGAUCUAAUAAGCAAUAACGAACACGUACGUAUCGAACGUUCUGUGCGGUAGAUAUUAUUAUAUUUAGCCUGCGAUUUGGGGCAAUAAGGCGCAGAGUGCGUGUGUGUAUUCGAUUUAAUUGAAGCAUACAUUUACAAAGCAAGGAAGAGACAAGCAGAGUUCCAUCACUUUUUGUGUGGAGCUAUCAUAUUACACUUAUGCUUACUUAAGUGUUCUUAACUGUAACGAAGACUCUACACUCAGUAGCGAGCAGCAGAGCGGUCUUUGGAAAUUUCCUUUUAUCUACAAUAGUUAUAAAUACCAUUUCGAAACAGCCCAUUUUUUCUGUACUGUGAGAACAUCAGCUUUUUUUUUAGUAAACUACACUUUUGUAUCAUUCAACUAUAUUAUUAUUAUUAUUUUGGUAAGAUUUUGGUAAAUUCAAUUACAACAUACCUAGCACGAUUAAGCAUAGUGUGCGACUCUCUUGAUUACAUAUAGCGUGAGAUGAGAUACUGCUGAGUUGAGGGUGAGUUGAGCUGAUCUGGCGCACAUGAGAUAUUAAUCACAUCUCACCAGGAAAAGAGAUCAGGAAAGAUGCAAGGUACGCCGUAAAGUCGAGAGGAGGGAAUCAUGAAAAGCCACGAAGCAAAACUUAAGCUGAUUAUGGGUUUUUUGGAGCCCUACGCGGCGCCCUUAAAAUACGUCUCGAUCAAGCCGAUCUUUCAACCGGAUCUAGCAACCGUUGUUGCAAGUUUAUUCGAUUUUUUUCUUCUUAAAUUAUUAAACCACAAGCUCCCUUUCUUUUCUCUUGUCUUGUGCAGUUAGUCAGUAAGCUCAGUAUCCAUUAUAGUUUUUUUUAAGAACAUUAGAAUUCCAUAAGUUAAUGCAACAUAUUAUACUUGCCCUACCUUCCCACGCCGGCGUCCACCGGUACUUUCCACUAGUUCUCCUUUUGCGUUCCAUUCCGCGUGGAGGAAUAAGUCUGUUUUUUUCGACAAUAGAAACUCUGCAGACAGAAAUCUGUGUUUACACUCCAACUCGCAGCAUAUGCUUUCGUGCUAAAAACGUUCUAAAACGGAAGAAAAGAAAAAUGUAAAAGAGAGAGAGAGAAGAUAUACCUUAUAUACAUUAGUGAUAUGAAGCGAAACAAACAAAAGACCAACUUAAUUAUAUUGAAAGUAACCAAUCGGUUCAACAUUCCGGAUUUGUCAGGCAAAGAGUAUCAGCGCGUUUAUGGUUACACUUUUUCUUACGAUCGGAGUACGAUUUUUUUUUCUUUCCUUUAUUUCCAUAUAAAACUGGUUCCGCUUUUUUUUUUGAAGAAUAACGCGAUAUUUAUAUCUAUAAGAGUAUUCCAUUUUGCAUUUCUCGUUUAAUUGGUUUAUGAAGCUAAAUGGUUAGAUAUGUGCGAGCAUCAAAGACAGACGAUGCCUUUGCGCCACGUACUGAUUGAUGGUGGUUAAUCGUGACGACAGAUACUGUUUGAUUUUCCUUAAGUGCUAGUACGAUAUAUUAAAGACAUUAGUGUUUAUCGCUAUUCCUUUUUUUAUGCGCAACAUUUAAGAAGACAGAUAUUAUUUGAUUACAGUAGCUACAAUAUUUUUCCUUUUUUGAUAUCGAAUUCUUAACUGUGGACUGUAGCAUUCCUUCGAAUUACGAAUUGACGAAAAAUUGCCUAGAAUUUAAAGAGAACGAGAAUAAAAACACCAAGAUGUUUUUGGCAUAAAUAUAUCGAGAGGAAAAUGUAUUCGAAAGUAAAAGGAUUUAUGAAUGGUGAAGUAUUUUGGGAGUAGAAAAAAACAAAAACAACGAGAUGUUCAAUAUUAACCAGGUGAAACAAGAGAAACUUUUUUGUAUUUAUAAGACAAAUAAAAUGCAGCAAGCGGAAGAAGCAUCCGCGAAUUUCUUA